AUGAAGAUCCCAACCCUCCCAAUCCUCCUGCUCGCCCUCACAAACUCCGUCGCCGUAAACAGCUUCAGCUUCUACGCCCACGGCAAAACCAUCGUCCACGACGCCCGACGGGAGAUCUUCCCCUGCCAAAAGAUCAACCUCGACAAGGGGGAUAAUAUCAGUUUCUUCAAUGAUAACGUCGACCGUGCGGAUGGAUGUCACCUUACGCUGUACGGCGAUUCCAAGUGCAAGGAUUUGAAUGGGUAUUCGUAUGGGGAUUGGAAACAUACGUUGAAGCAUGAUGUUAAUUCUUGGAGUUACACGUGCUAG